CAAAGCGAGUGUGACGACAAAGUCUCUCUCUCCCUUCUCGGUUCGUGAUUUUGCAGAGAGAUUCGCACCAGAAGGAAUAAUUGAAUGGGGAAAUUCACGAGGAAAGCUAAGGUGACGAUGGAUGUGGCUGUGAUGGAUGCUUCCCGCUCCGCCCUCGGCGUUCGCACGCGCGCGAAAGCGGCGCUGCAAGGCAGGCAGCAGCCUCCGCCGGACGGCGAAGUUUGUUACCUGGAGUUGAGGUCUCGCCGGCUUGAGAAGCGCAUGCAGAGGAAGAAUUCGAGGAAUGUGCGGAGGGGAUGUGGUUACGGAAGUAAGGUGGAGAUUGGCGGCCAGGAAGUGUGUUUUAUGUCGGCGGUUGGGGCGGCGGAGGGUUUCGGGGGAACAGUGAAUGAUUUGGAUUCUGAUGCGCGGGAAAGGAACACCCGCGAAAGCACGCCGUGCAAUCUAAUCAAACCUGUCUCCCCCAUCGCCCCACUUGGCUCCACCACACCUAAUCAAAGGGUUGAAAAUGUGCAUCUUCCAAAUGUACCUCCUGCCCUCGAGUUGGAGGAAUUCUUCUCCCGGGAAGAACAAUUGCUGCAACAACGUUUCAAAGACAAGUACAAUUUCGACAUCAUAAAUGAUUUACCUCUCCCUGGGCGGUAUGAAUGGGUAGCAGUAGAACCAUCCAUGAUCAGUGAAUGACUGUAUAGUAAAACCAGGGUCAAUAGGCUGAUUUAGGUGACCUGUUAGGAAAGUAGUGCUUGUAGCUAGCAACUCACUAACCCUAUAGAAAGUAGUGGAACUGUUAGAACAAGAAUGUGUUGUUAGGCUUUAAUAAGCUUCUAUCUAUCUCUGUAAAUUCUGUUAUUUACCUUUUAGUGAGAUAUUUUUGCUGUUUUGAUAACAAUUUUCUGCUUAGAUUCACAGUUCUUGUAUGUCUAAAAUAUACUUUAUGUUGUUAUAUCUACAUAAUUUGCUUAUGUA